AUGAACGCAUUGCGUGUAUGUGGUCAAAGUUUUUCUCCUACACUAACAUCCUUUGUAAAUAAUAUGUACGGUCAAUUAAUUAUCAUUCUAAUGGCGUAUAGGUGUGAAUUAGGUGUAAGUGCUAUUAACUUUGAUGUCCAGAGAAUAACCGAAAUUGGAUUAGACAAAACUGCCGGGCUCGAUGAUACUUACUUCGGUUAUUCGCUGAUUUUGCAAACAGGACGAGAUCCCAUGGUGAUUGUCGGGGCACCAAAAUAUAAUAAUAACACUGGGGGUGCUAUUUUUGGUUGUAGAAUAUCCGAGGAAAACCAAUGCAUCAAGUAUUCUAUAUCAACAUCGAUGAUAGGCUCUUUUAACGGAAACUUCCUUGGAGGUGCCAUCGACGGCGAUGAAGAAACCGGCAAGCCAUUCGUCGCUUGCGCCCCGAGAAAAGUCACCAGGAAAGGAACGGGAAUCAACAUGAAUUACUUCCUAACAGGGAGUUGUUUCUACAUGAGGAAUUCCUCCAGUUUCACGUCCAGGCCUUUCGAAAUUGUACCCCUGAAAUACGAAGACGCAGUGAGCGCGAUGAACGGUACUCAUUAUUACGACUACGCUUUCAGCCAAGCAGGCAUCGAUUUAGCCUAUAUGAGGGAUUCACAAAACGUACUGCUCGGCGCGCCCGGUAUAAAAAAUUGGAACGGCGCUAUAGUAAUUCAAUCACUGAAACUGUUCACGAGUCAUCAAAUAGUACCGAAGAGGCAAUAUCCCGUACACGAAGAAAAUUACAAUUACCUCGGAUAUACAGUGGGUUUAGGCAGCGCGGAAGAGGGCAGUUUCAUGCUCGCCGGUGCACCGAGAGCCGCGGAUUUGCUGGGAAAAGUAAUAUUAUACGACCAUAACAGCUUGUACAGGGACUUCAAGGGAGACGAGCUGGGCUCUUACUUCGGCUCCUCCGUUCUAUCGGUGGAUGUAAACGCCGAUGGAACCGACGAUUUAUUCGUGGGUGCUCCAACCUCAGCUGGAGAUAGUUUCGAUGAAGGGUGCGUGUAUUACUACAAAAACGCGCAACAACUCAGCGGGAAAUUAGUUGGUAUAAAAGAGGGUGGAGCUCGAUUUGGUACAAACAUAGCCUCUUUAGGCGACAUAGAUCUAGAUGGUUUUAAUGAUGUUGCAAUUUCUGCUCCAUACGAAGAGCAAGGAAGAGGUGCUGUGUAUAUUUUUAUGGGUGGUGCUGAUGGGGUUAAAGCCACUUUUGGACAAAGACUUACCCCUUCGAGUUUCCCCGGUGCUUCCAGAUUGAAAGCGAGAGGAUUCGGAAUGGGGCUAUCCAAAGGUGCUGAUGUAGAUGGAAAUGGUCACAACGAUAUAGCUAUAGGCGCUUACAAAAGUGGCCAAGUAUUUGUGGUUCAAACUAAAUCAGUAAUCGAUUUUCGCACGGAACUGGAUUCGAAUUCUACGAAAAUAUCCUCAAGCGAUACCCAGUUGGUGAUUAACAUGUGCGUUUUCUAUGAGUUCAGGAGCAGGACUGGACUCGCGAGCAGUGUGGACUUCGAAAUGUUUUUACAGCUGGACUACAGGGUGAAGGGUGAGAACAUUCGCGGUUACAACAUCACUGCUGCGCCUGGAUUAACCGCGUGCAAGGAAGUAGAAGUGAAAAUAGAACAAGCUAUAAUCGACACCGAGCCGUUCCGUUUCACUUUAAAGACCCAAACAGAGGAGAGGGUGCUGGGCGAAGGGACGAAAUUGGUAGAAAAAUCCAUACCGUACGCACAUGGGUGUGGAGACGACGAUAUUUGCCAAACCCGUUUAUUUCUUUCGGCUACAAUUAAACAAAACGCAAUUAUUUGGGGACUAACCAAAUCGAUCAAUGUUAAAUUAUCGGCGAAAAAUUUUGGAGAACCGGCUUAUCAAUGCCAGUUACUCAUAACGAAACCUAAAACCCUGGAACUCAGAGAAGAAAAAAAAUGCUCCGUGGAAAAUUCGACUUAUUCCUGCCCGCUCGCCAGGAAAUUGGCCAAGGGGCGAGAAAAAGAGACAUUCAUCGAUUUCGAUAUCGAUGCCAUCGGAGCGGAAGAGGAACAAUUCGAGAUAAACUUUAAAGUCGAGUGCCUCGGUGAUAACAUGUCCGAAGGGCAAGAAGAGGUUAACCUUAAAAUCAAGAUAGCCGUUCAAAAUUCGCCCUAUAUCGAAGGGAAAUCCGUUCCGGAAGACUACGAUUUGGAUGAAGAAAUCGAUUCUGCUAACAACGAUAUCGAAUUGGUGCACACAUUCACUUUAGGUAAUUUCGGACCUUCCCCUGUUAAAUCAAAUAUCCAUCUUCUCGUACCCAUUGCGAAAAUUGGUAAUGAUGAUGUAUUCCAAUUGAUCGAAACUGAGGGUAGUCUAAGGGGUAUUGAUGUACCUUGUUACUACACGAAUGAAACUGAGAAAUUCGAUCAUUCUUACGAUACUUCAUCUGUAGUUAAAUAUCCUUUAUCAAGAACGGCUGUGUUGGAUUGCUUUGGAGUAGGAGCGGAUUGUUUAACAUUAAUGUGUGAAGGAGAUUAUUUGAGUAAAUCGUCAGAAAGCGGCAAAUAUACACUGAAGUUUAAAACCAACAAAAACUUAUUAGCAAAAUUCUUUCAAAAACAAGAGCUUUCGAAAGACAUUACGGCAUUCAUAUCAUCAGCCUAUUUAUACAGCAGUAAUAAUACGAGAAUUGAAGGCCAUUCUACAACAUUAAUUCUGUCGUCUCGACCGAAAACUGUUCCGCUUUGGGUGUACAUUGUUUCGUCGAUUUCAGGGUUAUUGCUACUGCUUAUAGUAAUAUUUAUUUUCUACAAGUGCCACUUCUUUGAUCGACGCUAUAGAGACAAAAUGAACGAUCAAAGAUUAAUAAAUCAACCGGUGGAAAUCAAUUUUGGUCUAUCCGCACCAUUCGAAGAUGACAAUACAGAGGAAAUGACUGAUCCUUUUAAAUAA